AUGCCAUUCGGACUAUUCACAUGCAACUCCAGUAACCAACUGCGUCUAUUUCCAAACAACAUCAACAAGGCAACUCGGGCCCGGAUCUAUAGCUUUAAAUACAUAUGCAGAUCCUCAUUACAACCGGGAAUAAUUUAUCCGCAUGCAUUUUCAUGGACAAACAUCGCAUACGAGAAUAGACCAUUACGUAAAUUUUCAUCAAGCACGCCCCAAAAAUCACAGCAAUCGAGCGAAAAUGUUAACGCUAAAAGCACAAUAAGAGGAUCUAGACCUGUGUGGUCCGAAGAAGAGGAUUCAAAGCUCCUCGAAGCAGUCGAUAAAUUAGGAAAGAAAUGGAAAAAGAUUGCAGCGACAUACUUUCCCGAUAAAUCGCCAUCUUCAUUGAAUGCCCAUUAUAUUAUCAUACAAACAAGAGCCAAAAAGAAAGUAUUAUGCAAACGCUGGACACCGGAAGAAGAUCAAAUACUCAGGGAUGGCGUAGAGAAAUAUGGGCCCGGAAAAUGGAAAUAUUUCCAUUCACAACUACCGGAUCGGACCGUUCGAGAUAUUGGUCAUCGAUGGACCAAGCUACAAGCCGAAAAAGAAGGUACAUGGACUGGUGAAGAGGACAAGUUUUUAAUCAAUCUUGUGCAAGCCAUUGGGCCAAAGUGGUCAGAAAUUUCAAAGAAAAUGAAUAGGACCCCGGCGUCUGUACGUUACCGUUAUUAUGUGGGACUGUUCAACAAACUGCAUCCGUGGACUCACGAAGAAAACGAAAAGCUGAAACGGCUUGUAUUGCAUGGUGGUACUAAUUGGCAUGAAAUUGCUGAACUUUUUCCUAAAAGGAAUGUAGACAAUGUAAGAGAUCAUUACGCAAAUACGGCAUCUGUCAAUCCGUUUAUCAACAAGGGUAAAUGGGAUACAGAGGAAAAACGGGCAUUUGACAUAGCAAUAGCUAAAUAUGGAUUUCAGUGGGCUCUCAUUGCCAAAGAUGUUGGAACCAGAACUCGUCUUCAAUGUUAUUACUAUUGGAGAAGUGGACAAAAACGACUGCAGAAAAAACAGCAGCAUUUUACACAAUGA